AUGGUGAAGUUGACCAGGCGCUCAACGUCGGUCUCCUGGCUGACGUCGCAGUGCACGAAGGUCACCGACGGGGAGAGGGACGCCGCUAAGUGCUCGCCGGCGAUGUCCUCCACAUCCGCCACAACCACUCUCGCGCCGUGCCAGACGAACAGCCUCGCCGUGGCCUCACCGAUGCCUCUGGAUCCACCUGUGACCACCGCAACUUUGCCCUCCAGCCUGUGCCAGCCAGUACAACUGAGUUACAGAGGAUGCCCACAUGGAGACCAUCUCCUUCAAUUCUCGUAG